AUGGGGUCCUGGGUGAACGAAAAGCCUCCUUUCCGACGCAGAUCUCGGGCUAGAGCAGCAGAGGAGGGGGCUGGACCCUUUUCAUCAUCAGCCCCAGCAGGACCCUCUACAUCAGCAGCUGCAGCAGCACUUCCUUUACCACCACUACCACCAGCACUUCAGCUGACUUACUUACUGGUUCAGCAUUUUUUCCGGUUCAUGGAGAGCAGCAACCGUCAGAUCAUGCGUUGCCUGGAUCGGAUUGACCAGAUGUUUGUGGCCCAGGGCCUUGAGCUGCCCCCUCUUCCAGAGUCCUCUGGUUCAAACGAGGAGACCCAUGGGGAGGAGCAUGCAGAUUUACAUGAUGAAGAUACUCAUGAGGAGGAGCCGGUUCACGUGGAGACAGCACCGCCCCCACAGACUCAGGCUACUCAGGAGACACCUCAGCCACAGCCCCAACCAGAGCCAGAGCCAACCGGCAUACCUUUCCCUGAGCCUGAGGAUUAG